AUGAGUGAUCGCUACAGCAAAGGGUCGUCUCGAUCCGCGCGUGAUGAUUCUAGGAUGCUCACCGAGAGGCGGCGAACUAGAUCCCGAUCGCGAUCUCCGAGGCGAAGGCAGUCUCCGCCAGCAGGACGGUGGGAUUCGCACUCCAAUGUCUCCAGAAGCCGUGACUUGAACUAUCAGGACAAGAGAGAUGACCACCUAGAUGACUGGGAUGACUCUGAUGAAGAUGUGCCAACACCACCUCCGCCACCACGCAUCAGCAAAAUCUCUAUUGGUUUCACUAAACCAAAAGCACCUAUUAAGAUGACUCUUGGUGGUCAAGCUAAAGCACCAGUAAUUCCAAAACCUACUGUGGCAUCUGUUUUUAGUACUGAUGAUGAUGACGAGGAACCUGAAGAAAUGCCAGCCGAAGCUCGCAUGAGAAUGCGAAAUAUUGGGAGGGAAACUCCAACAUCAGCAGGCCCCAACUCCUUUGGUAAAACUAAACAAGGGUUUUGUGAUGCCAAGAAGGUGUUUGAGAAGAAUCUGAAGACCGCUUUAGAGUCUGUGGACAAGCCCACAAUGUCUAAGCUGCCCCAGACAAUAUACAAGAUCAAGGGCCCA